UGGAGGCGAUAUUGUAAACCCAAGAAUAAUUUCACACAUGAAAAUGGCGGCGAGUCAGGGAGGCGGAGAAGCGGCGUCGGCCUUGCAUGCCCAUCUGUACUGCAGCGGACCUCAAUGGAACCCCGGCGUACUCCCGCAUCAGCAGCAGCAGCAGCAUGGCCACAGCGCCCGGAGCCUGGAUCGCGCCCUGGAAGAUGCCGUGUGCUCGGGCGCUUUGAACCUCAGCGGCAGGAAGCUCAGAGAGUACCCCCGCAUGAGCUACGACCUUACAGACACCACACAAGCAGAUCUUUCAAAGAACAGGUUUUCGGAAAUUCCUCCUGAAGUCUGCCUCUUCGCCCCUCUUGAGUCACUGAACCUGUACCACAACUGCGUCAAGGGCAUCCCAAAGGCCAUCAUCAAUCUUCAAAUGCUAACAUACUUGAACAUCAGUCGAAACCUGCUGUCAGCGCUGCCCAAAUACUUGUUUGACCUGCCACUCAAAGUGUUGGUUGUGAGCAACAACAAGCUGAUGUCUGUACCAGAGGAGAUCGGAAAGUCCACACAGCUCAUGCAGCUGGACAUCAGCUGUAAUGAGAUCCAGACCCUCCCGUCUCAGAUGGGAAACCUCCAGUCCUUACGGGAACUCAACGUCCGCAGAAAUUGUCUGCAUUCUCUGCCAGAAGGCCUGGCUCACCUGCCGCUCACCAUCCUGGACUUCUCAUGCAACAGCAUCACAGAGAUCCCGCCCGCCUUCCGGAAUCUCAGGCAUCUUCAGCUGCUUGUUCUGGACAACAAUCCCCUGCAAUCUCCACCUGCACAGAUCUGUCUUAAAGGCAAGGUGCACAUCUUCAAGUACCUGCACAUGCAGAGUGGGAGAGGCGAGAAGAAGCCCGACAGCCUGGAGUUGGCGUCGCUGAGCAAACGUAGCCUCCCUCCACCUCUGACAGGCAGUACAGAGGAUUUUUACCCCAGUAAAAAUCACGGACCAGAUUCGGGCAUCGGGAGCGAAAGUGGCGACAAGAGACUUUCUGCAGCAGAGCCAUCCGAUGAUGACACGGUCAGCCUCCACUCGCAGGUGUCGGAGACGCCGCGGGACCUGACCCGGGCUGAGGGCUACACGCUGAGUGCCAAGCACAACUCGAAUCGGGAGUCCAGCGACUUUGCAGAUCUCAUGGUGGAGGAGGAGCUGGCGCUAACAGAGGGGAACACACACCACAACACCAGCUACGUGGCUUGUCUGAAGGAGCUUGAGAAGGUGCUUCAGAGUGAAGAUGAAGACCUUAAUGAAGAACUUGGUUCUGAGAAAGAGCAAGUUUCAGAUGAUGAGGAGAAGGUGGAAGACCUGGAAAUCACUGACCUAAGCAGCAUGGGGGAUGAGCUCCUGGAGCAGGAGCAUCAUCACAGGUUCCUCAGCCAUUCUGAAAACGGCACGUAUUCCAGACGAAGGCCACCCCCUGGAGCCUUUCGAAGUGCCUCUUUAGAUGAAGGAACCAUAAGGAAAGAUUUUACUGGCCAGGAUGGAGUGGAUUCUGCAGACUUUAGCACAGCGGUGUUUGGUUUAAAGCCAAGAUCAGCCUUUUCCAGAGGAAGUUGCCAGGAGUAUGGGCCUGGCUUCACAAUUCGAAGGAAACUGGAGCACAUCAGGGAGGAAAUGGAACAGAUCAAGCUUCUGCGACAAAACCUGGAGUCCAGGCUGAAGGUACUUCUUCCAGAAGAUGUUGGCACCGCGCUGUUGGACGGGGUGGUCCUGUGUCACCUGGCAAAUCACAUUCGACCUCGUUCUGUGGCCAGCAUACACGUACCCUCGCCGGCGGUGCCAAAACUGAGCAUGGCGAAAUGUCGCAGAAAUGUGGAGAACUUCCUGGAUGCGUGUAAGAAGCUGGGUGUACCACAGGACAAAAUAUGUCUGCCGCAUCACAUCCUGGAGGAAAGGGGGCUUGUUCGGGUUGGCGUGACAGUCCAGGCUUUGUUGGACUUGCCGGCGCUGAGGCCGACCCAGCUGUCCGCCGUGUAGCCCUCGUCGCUGCCCCGAAUCUCUCCAGCCCUUACUGGCGUCCGCCUUGCGGAGCAGAACCUUGGACUGGACCGCCCUGGAGCCUCGGUGUAGCACUGCAUCUCGGGCCGGAUUGGCGCACAGACCACGUACUUGAAGAUUGCUACACCCAGCUUACCCCCCUUAAUGUUUGUGGUGAGCAAGAAUGUUUGUCUGUAGCUGACUGAGGAUGGAGAAGAUAUUCACACUUCCCAUCUGUAUGAAGCCAUCCUACACGGUCCCUUUCUUAGGGGCACUGGUUUUAUGUGAGUGUGUGUUGGGGGUGGUAGGCAGGUUAAUACUACUGCAGCCAUAUUCCCCACCUAUCGUUUUUAAAAAUAAGCUUCUCUGAGGCAUUAGUCCGGGUUGUAAUUUCAAAGAUAGAAAGCGCUCAGGCUUCAUAUUCGAAUUUGGCACAUCACACAAAACUGACCCCAUAAUUCGAUCUGCUCUCUAUAAGAGCCACAUUGUUGAGUGCAGUGUUGUUGACUAGUAUCUGACAUUGGUCUUAAAGUGGCAAACUUCCACAUAGCCUUGUUUUGUACCUUCAGAUCAUUUUUAGUAAACAUCGUUGACAUGCUGACCGACUUGCAGAGCAUCAGGUCAGACUUUUUAGUCUCUCCUGCUGUUUGUAUUUUUUUAUUUUAAUGCUGAUAUAUGCUGAACUUUUUCAUACUCUGACUUGAAAUAUUCAUAACUUAUUUUUUAAGACGGUCUUUCAUGUGGUGUCAUUGCUGAUGUGUUGGUGUCAUUCUGUCUCGCUUCUGUUGUCGCGCUGCUGCCAGCGUGAUCAGCCCUCUAAUGUCAUUUUCAGAAACGACAAAGCAGAACGAUCAACUGUAGUUGGAGUCUAGGGGAUCUUGAUGCUGACAGGAACACAUGACACGGGAAGGGGGUGGGGGAUAUUUAUUAGCGGCCUAGAAGUUUUCAGGAACAGAGCAUGGUCAUGAUUGACACAAGAUAUGGAAAAAAACACACUGUGCCAUGUGCAACAGGAAACAUUAUACAGAAGAAAGUCUGAACAGGUAUCUGGGUCUGCUUAGAUUUAAUGGCAGAGAAGAAGAGCAAGGUGUCGAAUCAUCCCUUCAGACAGAAUGAGCUGGAUGGAGUGAUAUGCGGACACUUUCUUCCAGCUCUUUCAGCUACGACCCUCUCACCCUUUAAACAACGCAGUUCUGUAUUUCCAUUGUUAUAUACAAUCAUUUAUGUUUAGUAUUUAUACGCUUCAGCUGCGGGCCAGCACCCCAGCCUCGUGCUGCCUGGGAUAGUCUCUAGGCCCCCUCCUGCCACCCAGACCAGCAUAAGCGGUUACAAGAUGCGAUUUUCCAAUCCCUCUCCAUUGCUUUUCAAAAAAAACAAAAAAAGCCUUUAUUUGUGAAUCUAUGAACACAUCGUAUUCUUAACUUCAAACAUUUACUUUUUUCCCCUUUUUUUGUCUCCCUUUGUUCAAAUGUCACCUCCUGACCUUAUGAUACGAGGGUCAGCCACAGUUCUUUCGCGCUAAAGAACAUGGCUAGCACACAGCAUGGUCUGUCUGCAUGGUACAUUCACAUUUAUGUGAUGAACUCCAGGAUAAGAGGGCCGUUAUCCUUUGUUAUCCGUUAUCCAGGAGCCGAGAGAGAUGAGGAACUUUUAGAGAUUGGGAGGGAAACCUUUCUAGGUGUCUCUUUAGAGAUGUUCCUGUACAGACAAUCACGUCGCCGUCCCAUGUAGACAUCAUAUGUUCAUAUUUCAUAUCACACCUAAGACUUAACUUAUGCUGACAAAAUGAGGUGCUCUUCCAUCUACAAGCAGGUGAUAGCAGACUUUCUGAUGGUCUGCACCAAAGAACAACUAAAAUAUAAAUGAUCAAGUAGGCCAAUUGUGCUAGAAUAGUUGGUGACUCUCCAGGACCGAAUUUGACCACCCUUGGCUUAAUGAGAGUUGUGCCUUAUGUCCAGAUUUCAACACCUGAUACCAAAGUUUUAUUCUACUGAUCUUGUAGACCAAUGAUGGUAAGUUCACCCAGCUGAGUCUGCAUAUGAUCAAAGCUGACAUGCUAUUGUUACUUUAAUAUGGUUAAAGAAACAAUGUGAAAUACAUUUCAUGUGUAUAUUUUGUUUUAAAGGGCUCUUAGGAUUUUCUCUGGAUACAGAUCAACAAAAUACCACGCUUCACACAAAAACAUUCAACUUGACACGCAAGCUUGUGUGUUUCUCAGCCAUAAAUGCUAAUGGAUAAAUUCUGGGUUUUAUUAGUGAGGAGUUCGAAACAUAGACGAAACUGAACUCUAGGCUCAUUGUUUAUAAAUACUGAAUGUCAUGAUGGUGCCAAAAAGCACACAGAAACAAAAUGAGGUCCCAGACUUCUCUCGCUGCACAGAUGUUGAGCUUUGAAAUAACUGACGGUUUCCCAGUUGAUUUCCAGUGAAACUGCCAAAAUCGUCUCCCACUGCUGUUAACGUAGGAAAAAUCAAGUAUCUGUGCCCUAAAAUAGAAUAGUGAAACAUUUCAAAUGUAUCUUAAGAGUUGAGAGCUGACUUUGCUGGAAAUUGUCAUUUUGCCAACCGUCCCUAAAACCUUCUGUUUUUAAAUAUUUUUUUUUAUCCAAAUAUGGUCGUGUGCCACAUGUAAAUGUUUUCUGUAUAAAGUGUAGGAUGACUGUAGAAUGAAAAAUGUUUCACUGAUAAAGAUAAUUAAAAUAAAUGACUUUUCUUAA